AUGGCAGAAAUUUACAAACUGAUACAUCCUGUUAAAUAUUUUAAUGAUUAUAUUUCUCGAAAUGUUCGACCGGACGGAAGGAAAUUUAAUGAACAUCGAAACAUAAAAUUGAAUGUUAAUUCCAUUAAAGCUUCAGAAGCCAGUGGAGUAGUAAAAUGCGGGAAUACAACGGUUAUAUGUGGCAUAAAAUUGGAGUUAGCCACACCAAAGGCAGAAGAACCGGAUUCAGGUUAUUUAGUCACAAAUGUGGAGUUGCUUCCUUUAUGUUCAUCCAAAUUUAGGCCAGGUCCACCAUCUGAUUAUGCUCAGGUCAUAAGCAACACUGUAUCAGAUAUAGUUAUCAAUUCAGAAUGUGUCAACUUAAAGGACCUCUGUAUUGUAUAUGACAAACUUGCUUGGGUUUUAUAUUGUGAUAUUGUUUGUAUAGAUAAUGAUGGUGGUCUGGUAGAUGCUUGUGUAAUGGCCUUAAUAUCAAGUCUGAAGACAUUAACUCUGCCGAAUGUCACAUAUGAUCCAGAAACGGAAGAUAUUAAAGUUGAUAUAACAGAAAGAUCACCUUUAAAAGUAAAUGGUCUACCAGUUGCAACUAGUUUUGCAAUUUUUCCAUUUUUUGAAAAGAGUAUAUUGUUAACUGAUCCAUCGGCUUAUGAAGAGGAUAUGUGUGGGGGAAAUGGUGCUAAUUUAAUAGUUUGUUGGAAUAAAGGAUUUCUUUGUGGAACACAGAAGUUUGGUGGUAGUACAUUAUCAAUAGAAGAUGAAAAAGAGGCUUUAAAAAUAGCUAAACAAAGGACUAAGCUUGUAGAAAAACUUAUUGAAACAUGCAUUGAUAAUGAAAGUAAAUAA